AUGCUUGGUCUAACAACAAUUGCGCUUGCCAGUCUCUUCCAGUGCAAGAACUUCCACUCUAUCCUCUUCUUAAAUGCCCUCGAGCUUUCGGGUGUUCGGAUAACUGCUCGUGGAGACAGUCCCAAGACGGACGGGAUCCACAUAGGCUACUCGUCCCGCAUCAAGAUCGCCGACUCUGUGAUCUCAAUAGGGGACGAUUGCGUCUCGAUCGGGCCGGGGUCCAAGGACAUCAAGAUCGUCGGCAUCUACUGCAAGCCGAGCCAUGGGUUCAGGGUGGGGAGUUUCGGGAGGUACCCGAACGAGGCGGACGUGACCGGGCUCUCAGUGAGGGGUUGUACUAUGGUUGGCACCCAGAAUGGUGUGAGGAUCAAAACGUGGGCUUCUGGCAUUAAAAGCAAUGCCUACAAUCUCUCUUUCGAUGACAUUACCAUAAAGGAUGUGCAAAGUCGCAUUAUUAUUGACCAAGAGUACCGUCCCGGUGGUGGUUGUUCUAAGCAGCUGGGGUCGAAUGUUCAGAUCAAGGAUGUUUCGUUCACAAAGAUCCUGGGCGCUUCGGCUUCGCAGGUGGCGGUCAACCUCGUAUGCAACCCGAACGUUCCUUGCCAGAACAUCACUCUCGAAAACAUCGACUUGGUUUACACCGGCCGUGAAGGGCCUGUGAAAUCGUACUAUGCUCAUGUGAAAGGCGACGCUCGCGGCGUUCAAGUGUCGCAGUCUUGCAUUUUAGCACAGGCAAUAUCAGAAGCUAGCUUUUUCUUUUUUCCGUCUCUUGACCGCCUCGACAAGGGAGAAAGUUCAGUGUUUAGGCAAGAACGUUGCUGGGUCGAGUUGGAUUGUUUUUCACUUAGUGCGUUUGUUUUCCUUCAAAUAUAA